AUGAACAAGGUUGUUGCUGAUUCUGCAGAAGUUUGCAAGACCACGACCAAAAAUGUCAAUAAACUAAUUGUUGAAAGUACCACUUUCAUGGAGAACUUCCAAACUACUUUCAACAACAACACCUCAUCAGCCAAUAAAGCAACAAAGGAUCUGGGAUCUCUCUUCAAAUCUAAGAGGACUCAACUGCAAGCGAUUCUCACUGGUCUAAAAACUUACCUUGAAACUUUUCAAGCCACUAUCUCUUGUCAGAUUUCACAGCUGAAAGACGAACUGGUAAAAGAGAGUACCAUCAAGGACUCUCUCAAACUCAAUUCCGAAGAAGUAAAGGUGUUAAGUGCGAAACUGGAAAUUUUAAAGAACCAGGUCAAAGACUUAUUAUCUGAGAAGGCUGUCAUGCGAAGUUGCAUUGCUGAUGUUACAUAUUGUAGGGAGUUCCGGAAUCUGGUUUAUUUCCGAAACAAUGGGGAAGGGGCAUCAACAAAAGUAGAUCCUAAACCUGCUGUUAAAAAAUUUGUUAAACCAGUUACUCCAGUUCCUCCUGUUGUCAAGAAAGAACCCAAGCUCAAAGAAAUUGUUCAGUGA